UAAUUUUCUUGGAUUGUGACCAAAAACAGUUGUCAAAUCAAACGCAUAAGAUAACACUAAAGCGAUUAUAAACAUGACUGACGUUGCAGAACCACUUACGCUGUCAAGAGAUGUAAAACGGUCAAUUGAGUUGUUAGAAAAACUCCAGGCUAGCGGCGAUUUUCCUACAACUAAACUUGCCGCGUUACAAAAGGUCUUAAAUUCGGACUUUUUAAACUCAGUCCGUGAAGUUUAUGAACAUGUUUACGAAACGGUUGACAUUCAAGGAUCCCAAGAUGUACGUGCAUCUGCAACAGCUAAAGCAACCGUUGCAGCCUUUGCAGCCAGUGAGGGGCAUGCCCAUCCCAGAGUCGUAGAGUUGCCUAAAACAGAAGAAGGAUUGGGCUUUAAUGUUAUGGGAGGCAAAGAACAAAAUUCUCCAAUUUAUAUAUCUCGAAUAAUCCCUGGUGGAGUCGCUGAUAGACAUGGCGGGUUAAAGAGAGGCGAUCAGUUGCUUUCAGUUAAUGGCGUCUCUGUCGAGGGGGAGAAUCACGAGAGAGCUGUUGAAUUACUGAAGCAAUCUGUUGGCUCUGUUAAGCUUGUAGUACGCUAUACUCCCAAAGUUCUUGAGGAAAUGGAAAUGCGAUUCGACAAACAGCGUACUACUCGUCGACGACAGUAAAACGAUCUGAAAUAAAGAAUAAUUAAAUGUUCAACAGUAGGAAGAACCCAUCAUAAGUUCACAAUGUAGUUUUUAAAAUGUCUAGGAAACUAGUGCUUAAAAUAUGUUAAAUUGUUUCAUAUACAUACAUUUCACUAUGUAAUAUUGAACAAUUGUUCAAAAAUGAAAUAGCUACUGAAUUUAAA